AAUGUCCAGCCCUGGCAUAAAGGCCCUGGGUGUCCACGAGUCGUGUGUCACUCAGGAGGCCACGCAGUCCAAGAUGGGCUCUUCGCGAGCAUCCCGGAUAGGGCGUGUGGGAGGGCGAGGGAUGUUGGCAUUGCUGCUGGCCGGUCUCCUCCUGCAAGGGACCUUGGCUAAGAGCAUCGGGACAUUCGCAGACCCCUGCAAGGACCCCACGCAUAUCACCUCCCCCAGUGACCCCUGCCUCCUGGGGAAGGGGGGCUCCAGAAUUUCCAGAAGUUUCUUUUCAAGUUCCAGUGGCUCCAUUGGUGGCUCCAGUGGUGGCUCCAGUGGCGGCUCCAGUGGUGGCUCCAGCGGCGGCUCCAGUGGCUCCAGUGGUGCUUCCAGUGGCGGCUCCAGUGGUGUUGCCAGUGGCAGCUCCAGCAGUGGUUCCAGUGGUGUCUCCGGUGGAUCCAUUGUUGCCAGUGGUGGUUCUGCAGGAUCUUCAUUCAUUAAGCCAGGAGCAGGGUAUUCCCAGACAAGCUCCUCUGGAUAUAGCUAUAGUCUAGAAGAUGCAUCUAACUCCUUCCAGUCAGGAAGCACCGGCUCCCAGUUUGGAGAAGGCUCAAGCUCUUCUGUUUCUCAAACCAACUCAGUGUCCAGCAGCGGUGGCCAGAAGGUCAACACCAAGCUGCGCCCUUGUAGUUCCAACAUCCCUGAUUCUCCCUGCAGCGGCGGGCCCAUCGUCUCACACUCUGGCCCCUACAUCUCCCACUCCCACUCCGUGUCUGGGGGUAAAAAGCCUAUAGUGGUGGUGGUGGAGCAGCACGGCUCUGAUGGCCCUGGAGUGGGUCAAAGGGUUCCCUGUAGCAAUGGUGGCCAUCCAGGCAAGCCCUGCCCCCCCAUCACCUCUGUAGACAAAUAUGGCAGCUACGAGGUGGUGGGUGGCUCCUCCGACAAUUAUCUGGUCCCAGGCAUGACCUACAGUGGAGGCAAAAUCUACCCAGUGGGCUACUUCACCAAAGAGCAUGCCAUCAAAGGCUCCCCAGGGGUCCCCUCCUUUGCAGCUGGGCCCCCCAUCUCUGAGGGCAAAUACUUCUCUGGCAACCCCAUCAUCCCCAGCCACAGCUCUUCUAGUUCCAACAUCCACCAUUCGGGAGCUUCCUCGACCAUUGUGUUCCAGCCAGUAGGCUCUGGUGGGGUCCAGCCCUGUGGAUCUGGCAAUAAGGGGCCCUGCUCCUUCUCCAGCUCUGGAGUCCACAGCAGUUCUGGUUCAUCUUUCCAUCCCUGUGGCGGUGCUUCCCAGUGGCCCUGCUCCUCACCAGGCACUGGCUUCUCCAGUGGCAGCUCUAGCUCCCAAUCUGGUGGCAAAAUCAUCCUUCAGCCCUGCGGCAGCAAGCCCAGCUCUUCUGGUCACCCUUGCAUUUCUGUCUCCUACUCCACAUUGAGUAGGGGUCCAGCUGGCUCUCCCCAGCCUGACCCCUCAGCUGGUGCCAAGCCCUGUGGCUCUGGCAGCUCUGGAAAGAUCCCCUGCCGCUCCAUCCGGGACAUCCUAACCCAAGUGAAGCCUUUGGGGCCCCAGCUAGCUGACCCUGAAGUUUUCCUACCCCAGGGAGAGUUACCUAACAGUCCAUAAAGCAGAUUUUGUCUACACACACGGGCAGGCGUGCGCGUGCACGCACACACACACACACACACACACACACGCCAUCUCCCAGGUGGGAGAAGUCCAGGGGCCCAGCCAUGGGGAUAGCUCAGUUUCCUUCCACCCUCCCAAGAGAGCUGCUCUGCUUCCCUUAUUGCCCCAGUGUGGCAGACUCUCCCUUAUCACCUCUUCUUUCUUUACCUCCCCAAAUCGAAGGCUCCAAAUCCCUUUCUUCAUUCUCUCCUACUGUUUAGAUUCACACUGUACUGCAGUGUCCUCCCUGCCAGGUACCCACUCCCUAGAAUUUCCUCUGCCAUUUCUUUGAGAUGGUAUAGUCCAUUGGCUAAGCUUACCCAUUCGGAUUCUUGACUGGGAACCCCCUGAAAUGUCCUACAGUAACUGUGAUGCCUGGGCAAGUCAUCCUCUCCCCAUACCACCCUACUCCACCCCACCCCACCCCACCCUUUGCCAAAUAAAGCACAAUCCAAACAGUUAUUUGGAAAUAAUGACCAUGUUUCACUCAUUUUGCCACCUGGUCAACCAGGGUGAUAUGCUAUUGGGUUCUCACACUGCCAAUUCCACUCCUACCCUCCAUUAUAGAGCUCACCACACACUUUGUGAGUUCCCAACACUCCUCCUUGUCUCUUGAGGUCUCCACCUCAGUCCCCUUUCCUGGCUGCCACUUCCCUCAAUGCUCAGAUGCUUCCCUAUUUGUCGGAGACACCAGAGUAUCUGUGGAGGCUGGAGCAGGCUCCCUGCUCUCUCUGGGUCCUGGAAAGAUGUCUCAAUAAACUGUGUGAACUAGA